CGUUAUACUGUGUGCCCUGCGAACAAUUUGCUAUUAGCUCUUUCGGCGUCGCAAAAACCCGUUUUUCGGGAAGCCUGCUUAAUUUUUUUUUUAAUCCGCGUUUACAGAUUAGUCCCGAAUAUUCUGGGAGUCAGUUUUCGGGUAAAAACUUAGAUAUUUAUCAGUCACAACGGCGUAUUCGUCACCGGGUCUUUCGAUAGAACGAUUCUUCGCGUCGUUUGUGUCGGGAAGGCGCGGCUUGGAGCUACGAUUGGAUCGUUGUUAGGUAUAUGAGCCAUGGAGGAAAAGGUCAUUCCAGUUAGCAAUGGUCCGUUGAUCUCUGAUGGUAACUCGAAGGAGCCAAAGGAGGCCAGUGAGAAAGUGUCAGCCAAUCCGUUCAGCCGCACUACUAAUUCGGGAUCAGGGAUAACCAACCUUCUGCAGAGCUGCGAGACGGAAAAACAACUUAUUAUUUUAGUCAGCCGUAAGCCGGCUUUGUAUGACUCUCGGCAUCCGAGAUUCCACGACGACAGCCACAAAGAACAGCUUUGGCAAAAAAUUGCACGCAGUUUGGCCACGGAUUUAACUAACUGCCUGGUGGCCUGGUCGGAGCUGCGUUACCGCUUCCAGCGUCAUGUGCGCCGCCUAAGAGCAUUUCAUGGUAGCGCCACCAAACGCGAUCGCAAGCGAGAGCGUCCUUGCAUGCGGCACGAGGAGGAGCUGUUCUUUCUAUACCCUCAUGUGGCCCGUUUCCCGCUGAUCGUAGAGAAGACCGAUCCAAUAGAGAUUGCAAUUCCGGAGAGCAUCGAAGGAAAUGCCGCCACGGCUGAGGUAGAGUUCGUAGAACCCCCGCCCGUGGAUGUCAUAGAUGUUGAUCUUGAGGAGGAUUCGAACUACAAAUUCCGCUGUUCUAAGGAACACCGUCGCCUCAUAGAGGCUGUACAGGCGUAUCCGCAAUUGUAUGACUCUCAGAUACCUGGCUAUGACAACACACGGCAUCGCGGUCUUAUCUGGGGAGCCAUCUCAAAUGAGCUCCAUGACAAGGCCACGAAGCUGAUGAAAAGCUGGCUAAAGUUGCAGACGCGCUACGAAUGGGAGCUGAAUAAGGGACCAACUCUGUGCAAGACCUCGGAACUGUGCCAGUUAAUGGACUUUCUUCGCCCGCAUGUACAGCGUCUGCCUGGCACCGUGUGCAAGUCCUCCAAGUACCUGGAGGCCGAUUGGCACGAGCCCAUCGAGCAUUUCCGCAGUGUAAUGGCGCUAAUCAAUACGAUGCGUAGCAUGCCCGAUCUAGUGCAGUUAACAGAUGAAUCCCUCUCCUUUACGGUGAAGCCGCCGCGUUACGACGAAUUCUGGCAAAAGGUCGGCAACGAGGUGAUGUGCGGCUACGAGCGCUGCGAGGUCACUUGGUUAGUGCUCCGCUCGUUUCAUCAGGAACUGCAGGCUAUGCGCUUGGCCGGCUAUCAGCUGCAGGACAAAUGGUACUUUGAAAACGCGAUCAGCAGCAUCUUCAAGCAGGUGGCCACCAGAUCUACAAGCCGUCAGGCUGUUAAACGCAAACACAACGGCGCAGUAGUGCCUUCAGAGCCUCCAGCCAAAAUACAACCGCCGCCACGUCUGCCAUUGGCCAUUGUCUAUCCACCAAAAUGUAGCAGCUCUGGCAGCAGCACCAGCAGCAGCGGUACGAGCACUGGCACAUUCUCAGGAAAAGGCAUCGUUCCCACUAUCAUGAAUGUCAGGAGUUGCUCUGGCCCCGCCAAUGUCAGCCCCAACUCCCCCUCCGCAUCCACCAGUUCCAUUUUAAAUCCAGUUCCAGAUUCAGCUAUUCCGUCAUUUGUAAUCCCUAAGAUUACGUCGGCCAUCAGCGUAGCCUCGUUAAAUACGUCGCCCAUGAGGAUACCGGCCACAUUGCGGAUUGCGCCCGCCGUUGUACAGCCACCCGUCGUAAUGAACACUCCGCCGGCAGGCUCGAAUCCUGCUUUAAGCGCAGUGCGUCCCGUGAUACCUCAGCGUCCUGGUUUGCAGGUGACUAUUAAGUCCAACAAGUCUACACCCAGUCCAGCUCAGAUGCCGCCGGCAGUCUCCCGAUCUUUAAUUCGAGCGGUGCACCCAUCUAAUCACAGUCUGUCUUCACCUAAUGCCGCCGCAGUGGCAAGCCUGCGAUAUCCUCAACCUACGCCACUGGGAGCGCUUGCCGAAAAGCCGAAUCCCCAGCCAGUAUUGCCACCAUCUACGGCCAAGUCUAUACCUAAUUCGAUACCCGUAAACCCACAGAAUACUGUUAUAAACAACACCUCAUCAUCAGGAUCAGGGCCUCCAAUGGUCCGAAUUCAUCAGCCUGGACUGAACAGCAGUUGGGAUGUCACAAACAAUGGCACUCCGGCCAGCAAACCCCUGGGAUCACAAGCAGCAACUACUAAACCAACAGAAGAAGCAGCAAAAAGCGUAAAAGCCGCCGCCACAAUAGUUGCAGCGAAAAAACCAAUUGCUGCACCUUCAACGCCUGAUAACGUCAAAAAGUAUCGAAAUAUUGCUCCAGCACCGCCGCCAGGUAUAACCAAGGUUGCUAAACCUGCAAUAGAAUCAGUGCCAGAGCCUUCCACUGCUCCAGUAGCAACAAAAGACACUGCACUUGCAGCAGCACCAUCAGUCAAAGCAGCAACAUUAGCGACAACUACAAAACAAAUUACACCUGCCACAAAGCCUAACGCUGCAUCAUUAGCUAAAAGUCCAACAGCAGCCAUUACGAACGCAGACGGCAAAUCAGAUAAAACACCAACAAAAGCCCCAUCAUCAGCCACCGUUUCCACAUCACCAACAGUAUCUAAUGCAAAAACAGUGGCCAAUGCGGAAACUGGAACUGAAGCAUCAACAUCCGGUGACAGUCAGUUGGAGGUUUCGUCAAAAACUGUUACUGUAUUCAUGAAGAAUUAUCCCGCCACUGGAAAUAUUAUACACAUUUUGAUUGGUAACAGUUCAAAUCGUUUGAAUCUCAACAUGACAAGAGCAGCGACCCUAAUCCGUGAGGUUAUGGCCAUACCACAGCUCCAUAAAAAGGAUCUCCAAUCGACACCCAAGUUUGAAGAGUUCUGGAAGAAUCUCAGCAAAAGGUUUCACAUGCCAGAGGAAGCCUUGCGCGCCAGCUGGAAAUUUCUAAAGGAGAACAUAAGCGUCUUUCCGACAAUUGCACCCAUGCCAGAGCUGAUGCGCUCAGUUAAGACCAGCGGAAAGGUGUGGGAGAAGUCGCAUCGUUUAUUUAGCAAGUUUGACGAAAUAGCGCGCAAGUACAUGUGGAUGGAUCACAAGGACGUGUUGCCGGAAGUGAUACGCCAUUUCCGAAAGUAUGAGUACUUGUACUGGGAACUUCGCAAGCCGCGACCUGGUGAGAAGCCGAUACCUCCGCGUCAUUUCACGGAUCGGGAGCGACAGGAGGUGUGGCUCGAGGCUCGUGUUAAGUUCCCUAAUCUCAAUCAUCGGGAUAUUUGGUCCAUGUUUAAGUUUGCCUUCCGCACGUACAUGGAGGAUCUGGAGCGUGGUAUCGAAAAUCCCUGGCCACAAAACUGGUGGCAAGCCCUAGAGCAGCUCAAAUUUUUGGCAGACGUGCGUUACCAUCCGCUUGAGCCCUACUAUUAUAUCGUGCACAAUAAGAUCUAUGAGGAGGUGAAGCGCUGUAGCAUGUACGAGGCUCUGAUGUCCGCGGAUCCUUCUGAUAAGAGCAAGCCUACGCCUACCAGCCUUUUAGCGCGUUUAUCCAAGGAACCCAAGCCAUGGGAGACGGAGGAUGCCAAGCGCUUGCUUACCGGCAAGUUGACAAAGGAGGAAUGCACCUUUACAAUCACCCGCACCGUUCCGCCCACGUCAACUGCUUCCCCACCUACUCCCGUACCUGAAACAGUGCCCGUGACCCCCGCAAAGGUUCCAGCAGCCGAGUCAACCUCAGGCAAGAAAACGCGUUCCAAAAGACCCCAGGGACUUGAGGGCAGCAGCAAGCAGGUCACGAAAAAAUCGGAACCUCCAAAGAAUCAAAAAUUCAACAAACUUCCCACUAUCGAGGCUUUCGAGUUGACCCACGUCCUGCGCCGCCAUCCGAACACCUUUGAGAAGUCAAGUACCAUUGAUAAGCGUACCGCCUGGGUUCGUGUCUCCAAAGAGCUGAAUGCCACAGUGACCGAAUGCCGCCUGGGCUUGCAAUAUGCCCUUCGCCAGAUGCGUAUCCUUAAGAUCACGGAUCCAACGAAUCGUUGCACCAUGGGUCACAAGUACUUUAGGCACAUGACGGAGAUCUAUAAGCAGGUGAAGCCGAAUGGGCAGAUCACAGUGCGAACACCGCAACAGGUCAACCAAUCGCUUGCCGAGCCAGCCGAAGAAGUUAAACCGAACAAUUUUAUACCCGAGAUCAAUGUGACAAAGUGCAGUCCGAAUUUAGUGGUAAAGAACUGGGCCAGCGCUGUGGGUAGCUUUUCAAAGACCGGCCAGGAUGAUCUUUGCGAAAAGCUGAAGCAAGUUUUUGCCAAGUACGCUAAGGAGCCCAAUGCCAAUGUUACCGAGGAUCCGGCACCGCCUUAGCGCCUCAAACUUUAUUGAGAGCUUUCUCUACGAGUUUAGGAACUUGCAUCGUUCCAUUAGCAUCAUCAAAUCCAUUAUAAAUUUCCGAACAUCGUAUUUAUUAGUAUUUGUAAUUAACAGCAAUGAUUUUAUUCGUUUUUAAGAAUAGCCGAAAAAACGCAAUAUUUUCAAAAACUUCAAUGGGAUUUUAAAUUCUGUGAUGUCCCUAAAAAAAAAAACAAAAAACUAUACAUAUAUUUUUUUAUAAUUCUGAAAUAAUUUGUUAAACAGAAAGAAUAAAAGAGCGCAUAUUACAGUUUGACCCAGCAAA